CUAUUGACUUGACUCUGAAGUCUUCAAGUCUUGCUUCGAUCAAAGUCUCUAUGUAAUCUUGCUUGGUUACUCCAGAAGGGGAAAGCUGUGGAAAGAAGAUCAGUACCAUUGUAUCUGCAACUGCAGCAUUAGCCAUAGCAGAAGCAGUAGCACUAGUAGUAGUAGUAGCAGCAGCAGAGAUAUGAGGAAAGAAGGUGUUUCCGGCGAGGAAGGGGAAACUUCCGGCAACUCUGCUUCUCUUUUGAAAGCUGUUCGGCAGCUUGGCCGGCGGAGGGAUUUCAUGGAGCUGUUAACUGAUGGGUUCUGUGCACGGUGCAGGGGUUUGUUCCAUAGUCGCUUUGAGGAUCUCUAUGAUGGAAAAUUUGAUAAGCUAUCAUCUCCGAAUGGCAAUUACUCUGAUAGCUUCGAUGAUUUCUGUUCUGUGGAUUCAUCAAGCUUGUGGUCACCAAGGAAGAGGACCACAUCUUACAGAAAGAACCCUCAUUUGAAUGAGAGAACUACCCAAAGCUUGGCACGAACUCCAGAGCCCAUCUUUUCUGUAAGGCACCAACAGAUGAGUAAUUCUGAUUCCUUUCCGGCAUCAGUAAAGAGCCGGCGGCAUUCAUUGGAUGAAUCUGAAGAAUCACUUCGUGAUGAUUUGAAUGAAAUGUCAAGAGUUAGAAGAAAGGGUUUUGCAUAUAUAGAGAGGAUUAAUGGGAGGCCUGUAGAUAUAGUAAGUGGUCUUGAGCUUCACACCAGGGUUUUUAAUGAGCUGGAACAGGAGAAGAUUGUUGAUUAUGUCUAUGUACUACAGAGACUUGGACAGGAGGGGCGACUUAGAGCACGCACAUACUCAGAGCCAAAGAAGUGGAUGCGUGGUAAAGGACGUGUUACAAUUCAAUUUGGUUGUUGCUACAAUUAUGCAGAGGACAAAAAAGGGAACCCUUCCGGUAUACUCCAAGAUGAGGAAGUUGAUCCCAUGCCUGCCUUGUUUAAGUCCAUGGUCAAAAGAUUUAUCAGGUGGAAUGUCCUACCCCCAACAUGUGUUCCGAACAGUUGCAUUGUUAACAUUUAUGACGAAGGGGAUUGCAUUCCUCCACACAUCGACCACCAUGAUUUUGUGAGGCCUUUCUGUACUGUGUCAUUGUUGACUGAAUGUGACAUAUUAUUUGGUUCAAAUCUGAAGAUUUUGGGUGCUGGAGAAUUCUCUGGUCCAGUCGCCAUACCUUUGCCCGUCGGAUCAGUUCUAGUCUUGAGUGGGAAUGGCUCUGAUGUAGCUAAGCAUUGUGUUCCAGGUGUGCCCGCCAAAAGGAUCUCCAUCACAUUUAGAAAGAUGGAUGAUAGCAAGCUGCCAUUCAAGUUCAAGCCUGACCCAGAACUGCAAGGUCUUCAGCCUCCUUCUUACUCCCCUCGACCCAAGCCUUCAGUUAAGCAGGUUCCACCUCCUAAUCAUAUUCAUCGAAAUAAGCGAGUUUCGAGCACAGCCAACGGUUCUUUUCAUCUUGGAGAACAAGAUUCCCCCCAAUUUGGUGGGUCAAACUCGAGAUAGAUCAAGAACUAAUAAGAGGAGUUUUCGUUGACUGGUUAUUGUUUUACUGUAUGGAGUCCCCCAAGUCUUUCUUUAUAACCAAUGGAGUUGUUGUUUCUCUCUCUGUUUGCAAGUCUUUUUUAUUUUUUAUUUUGUGUUAAUCCAUGUAUUACCUAUAAAUCUGUUAAGACUCUUAUCUCUGUUUUUGUUGGAUCAUGAUUUGAAUUAGGUUUUUUGUAUAUUAUGAAUAAAUUUUGUUUAAUCAAA